AUGGGAAUUGCAUUGAUCUGGUGCCUAGCUCUGAUCCUUAUCAAAUGGAUUACUUCUAAGAGACGUGGAGCAAUUUCCUAUGACAGCUCUGAUCAGACUGCGUUGUACAUUCGUAUGCUAGGAGAUGUGCGAGUAAGAAGUCGGGCAGGAUUUGAAACAGAGAGAAGAGGUUCUCAUCCAUACAUUGAUUUCCGUAUUUUUCACUCAAAUUCUGAAAUCGAGGUGUCUGUGUCUGCAAGAAAUGUGAGAAGGUUGCUUAGUUUCCAGCGAUACCUGAGAUCUUCCCGUUUUUUCCGUGGUAUCACUGUUCCAAAUUCUUCAAACAUUUUAGAUGAUGAUUAUAAUGGACAAGCAAAGUGUAUGCUGGAGAAGGUUGGAAAUUGGAAUUUUGAUAUUUUUCUUUUUGAUAGACUGACAAAUGGAAACAGUCUAGUCAGCUUAACCUUUCAUCUGUUUAAUCUUCAUGGACUAAUUGAACACUUCCAGUUAGAUACGAUGAAACUUCGUAGAUUUUUGGUUAUGGUUCAAGAAGAUUAUCACAGUCAAAACCCUUAUCAUAAUGCAGUUCAUGCUGCUGAUGUGACUCAGGCCAUGCACUGUUACUUAAAAGAGCCCAAGCUUUCCAAAUCUUUAACUCCAUGGGAUGUUCUGCUCAGUUUAAUAGCAGCUGCCACGCAUGAUUUGGAUCACCCAGGCGUUAACCAACCUUUCCUAAUUAAAACAAACCAUUACUUAGCAACUUUAUAUAAGAAUACCUCAGUAUUAGAGAACCAUCACUGGAGAUCAGCAGUGGGGUUGCUGAGAGAGUCUGGUUUAUUUGCACAUAUGUCGUUAGAAAACAGGCAGCUGAUGGAAAGCCAGAUAGGUGACCUCAUUCUUGCCACAGACAUCAGUCAGCAAAAUGAAUAUCUGUCCAUGUUUCGAUCCCAUUUGGAUAGAGGAGACCUAUGUUUAGAGAAUGCGAACCAUCGUCACUUCAUUUUACAGAUGGCUUUGAAGUGUGCUGAUAUUUGUAAUCCGUGUCGGACGUGGGAGCUGAGUAAGCAGUGGAGCGAAAAAGUAACAGAGGAGUUCUUCCAUCAAGGAGAUAUUGAAAAAAAAUAUCAUUUGGGUGUGAGUCCACUUUGUGACCGACAGACGGAAACUAUUGCCAACAUCCAGAUCGGUUUUAUGACCUACUUAGUGGAACCACUGUUCGGGGAAUGGGCCCGGUUUUCAAACACCAGGCUGUCGCAGACAAUGCUGGGCCACCUGGGACUGAACAAGGCCAGCUGGAAGGGUGUGCAGAGGGAACAGUCUGGCAGCGGUGACGAUGUUGACCCCGCUUUUGAAGAAAUGGACUCAGACAUAUUACCUCAGGAACCUCGAUUGUCCUGACCUCAAUCUUCAUGACAAAACUGCCUCUUCUCGUGGUAUCUGCGCGGUUGGAUUCAAGGAGAUACUUGCCAGCCC